UCUUCAUCAUAAAAAAAAUAAUUUUCCCAUUUAUACUUUUAUAUAAUAACCUUCUAACAACACCAGACACAGCUCUUACUUGCUUCUGCCACAUUCCACAAAAACUCUGUAAAGCUCCUCCUUCUUCCCACAGGACUCUUUGUGGGAAAAUCCAAAAGAAGUGGUUGAAAUUUGAAGCAAGAGAAGAUGGACUAUUUCAAUGCACCAGGAAGGAACCACCUCUUUGUUCCAGGGCCAGUUAACAUCCCUGACCAGAUCAUUAGGGCCAUGAACAGAAACAAUGAGGACUACCGUUCUCCAGCUAUUCCAGCUCUCACAAAAACUCUGCUUGAAGAUGUCAAGAAGAUUUUCAAGACCACUACUGGAACCCCAUUUCUCAUCCCUACAACUGGUACUGGUGCUUGGGAGAGUGCUCUCACAAACACACUGUCUCCUGGGGAUAGAAUUGUAUCAUUUCUGAUUGGCCAAUUCAGCUUGCUUUGGAUUGAUCAGCAGCAACGUCUGAAUUUCAAUGUUGAUGUUGUGGAAAGUGAAUGGGGCCAGGGUGCUAAGCUUGAUGUUCUGGAAACAAAGAUUGCUUCAGACACUGCACACACUAUAAAAGCAAUUUGCAUUGUUCACAAUGAGACAGCAACUGGGGUCACCAACAACUUGGCCAAAGUGAGACAAAUUCUCGAUUCCUACAGGCAUCCAGCACUGUUAAUUGUUGAUGGAGUGUCUUCAAUUUGUGCUCUUGAUUUUCGCAUGGAUGAAUGGGGAGUAGAUGUGGCCAUAACUGGCUCUCAGAAGGCCCUUUCCCUUCCCACUGGGAUAGGUAUUGUGGUUGCAGGACCUAGAGCUAUUGAAGCCUCAAAAACUGCUAAAUCACUCAGAGUUUUCUUUGACUGGAAAGACUACCUGAAAUUCUACCAGUUAGGAACCUAUUGGCCAUACACUCCUUCCAUACAUCUGCUGUAUGGUCUCAGAGCUGCUCUUGAUCUGGUUUUUGAAGAAGGACUUGAAAAUGUGAUUGCAAGGCACAACCGUUUAGGCACAGCAACCAGACUUGCUGUAGAGGCAUGGGGUUUGAAGAAUUGCACCCAAAAGGAAGAGUGGCACAGUGACACAGUGACUGCUGUUGUUGUCCCUUCUUACAUUGAUAGUGCUGAAAUAGUUAGAAGGGCAUGGAAGAGAUACAAUUUGAGCUUAGGUCUUGGACUCAACAAAGUUGCUGGCAAGGUUUUCAGAAUUGGACAUCUUGGCUACUUGAAUGAGUUGCAACUGUUGGGAUGUCUAGCUGGUGUGGAGAUGAUACUGCAAGAUGUGGGUUACCCUGUAAAGCUUGGAAGUGGAGUUGCUGCUGCCAGUGCAUACUUUAAGAACACUAUUCCUCUCAUUCCUUCAAGGAUUUGAGUCACAACCUAUUUAUUCUCUUCACUUCCUUUUCUGCUCUUUCAAAAAUUCUGUAAAAUAUAUAUAUUAUCCUCUUUUACACUCCUUUCAACAUCAACAUACUCUCUACUUUCAACUUUAAUGCAUUGUUUCUUUCAUUCUCUUGUA